GUGUUGGUGAAGGAAGGCGCGUGCCCUGCCGCAACAUGUUUGAAGAGCUCCUGCAGGCUCCUGCGUUGUCCUCCUUGUUGGGGCUCCUCGCAGGCUUGCUGGUCAUCCACCUUUUGUACUCCAGUUUGACUUUCCAAGGUAAACACACGCAUCCUCCUGGGCCCAGAUGUCUUCCCUUGCUUGGUAACCUGCUUCAGGUGGACCUCUGCAGGCUUGAUCAGUCCCUUUUUAAGCUGUCUAAAAGGUACGGGCCGGUGUUCACCCUCCACUUGGGACUCAAGAAGAUUGUGGUCCUGGCUGGAAGCAAGACAGUCAGACAAGCUCUCAUCAACCACCCUGAGGAGUUUGGGGACAGAGAGAUCAACCCUUUAUUCUAUGACUUUUCCAAAGGGCAUGGUAUAGUAUUCUCCAAUGGUGAUUCCUGGAAAGAAAUGAGACGUUUUGCCUUAACAACUCUGAGAGAUUUCGGGAUGGGCAAGAGGCUCAGUGAGGAGAAAAUCAUUGAGGAGUGUCACUACCUGACUGAGGAGUUAGAAAACCAUAAAGGUAAAGCCUUUAACACCAAAACUCCUAUCAGCUACGCAGCUUCAAAUAUCAUUUCGGCCAUCAUCUUCGGAAAAAGGUUUGACUACAAAGAUCCAGUCCUCCGAGACAUGGUUAAAAAUGACCAAGAGGCCAUCUGUCUGUCUGGAUCACCUUCCAUCCUGAUCUACAAUGUGUUUCCAUGGCUGGGCCCUUGGCUUCAAAACUGGAGGGAUUUCAUGAAAGCUGUGGAGAAUAUCAAGCAGCAUGUAUUGCAAUUAACAAGCAGUCUAAAGAAGACUUUCAACCCUGACAUUUGUCGAUGCUUGGUCGAUGCUUUCUGGACGCGUAAGCUAAACCUGGAGGAGUCUGAUGCCCAGGGGAUGCACUACAAUGAAGAAAACCUGGUCUACAGCGUGAUGGAUUUGUUUGGCGCUGGAACUGACACAACAUCGAACACCCUUCGCUGGAGUCUACUUCUAAUGGCCAAGUACCCUCAAAUACAAGAUCGGGUUCAGGAAGAACUGAGCAUGGUGGUGGGAGUCCGUCAGGUCCAAAUGGAGGACAGAAAGAACCUGCCUUACACCGACGCAGUCAUACAUGAGACGCAGAGGCUGGCCAACAUCGUCCCCAUGUCUAUCACUCACAGCACCAGCAGAGAUGUCACCUUCCAGGGCUACUUCAUCGAAAAGGGGACGACUGUGCUCCCUCUGCUGACAUCUGUCCUCUAUGAUGAGAGUGAGUGGGAGACACCAAACACCUUCAACCCUUCCCACUUCUUGGAUGAGGAGGGUAAAUUCAUCAGGAGGGAUGCCUUCUUGCCCUUCUCUGCAGGCCGUAGGGCUUGUCUAGGUGAAGGUCUGGCUCGGAUGGAGCUCUUCCUCUUCUUCACGCACCUCCUCCAGCACUUCCGAUUCACCCCCGCACCUGGGAUUUCAGAGGACGAGCUGGAUUUGACGCCGAUGGUGGGUUUCACGCUCAGCCCGCCGCCUCACCAGCUGUGCGCUGUGAGUCGCAUCUGAGGAGGAGAUGUUGGUGGAAAAGCAAAAGGAAAAUCUCCUAGCUUAGCACUCACUCUGUCAAUGAUUAGCAUCACAGUGGAGUCUGCCUUGGCUAAAACAUCAAGGACUGCAAAUAUUUCUGAUUUACUUCUUCUAUGAAAUGAAUAUUGGACCUGAUGGACUGGCACCACCCUGCUCAGCUCCUCCUGACUAUAAAUAGUCCAAUGAUGACCAAAAGUUGCGACAGUUUGACUUUCAAAUGAUCCACGGUUAAUUAUACUUACUCUGUAUAUACUAGAUUAUAUAUUUGUAAUUGUGUUAAAACAGUCUGAAAAUACAAAUAAUAUAAAUCAUUUUUAAUUUGUGGAUUAUAUCAUAAAUAAAUAAGCUCAUUUUCACUGCAAUUUUUGGUUGAGCUGAUGAUGUUACUCCUGAUAAUGCAAUGUACCCCCAGUUCAAGUAGAAAAUAAUAACAUCAAAAGUCCUGACUGUUAUAGCCAAAGUUUUGUGCAUAUACUGUAUAGCUGAAAAGAGGGUCUGAACAAUUUUGAAUAUGCAACAUUUUGUUUUAAAAAAUGCAAGAACAAUACAGUCUGCAAUAUGAUGAUUUACAAUUUUACAAUUAUUUACGUUUUAUUUUCUUUAUUUGUGAAUGAUUUAAUAAAUAUAUAACCUUA